CUGGACUCACCAGAUGUUACUGUUGUUACCGGAUAACCUGAUCUGAUUCUAAGAUCCCCGCCUUUCUUACAUACAUAGUCCCCAAUCUGCCGUAGUUGAGAUACCGAGGGCCGAUCAUGUCUUCCUCCACCAAUGAGAUGCCAGUGAUCACGCCACGCAAGACGAUGCAAGGCCAUACUAGCUGGGUACGAGGUGUUGUGCACCUGCCUGGCGGACGACAUAUCCUCACAUGUUCGACGGACGGCUCACGGCGACUAUGGGACCUAGAGAGCGGCAUACAUAUAGGAGAUGACUGGAAAGAUGAGGAGGAUAACGCAGGAGUGUGGUCCAUGGCAUUGUCUCCAAAUGGCCAGACAGUUGCAAGUGGACACAAUGACGGGAAGGUGAGGUUAUGGGAUGUCGAGACGAUGAAGGUUAUUGUGGAAUGGACACGACACGCACAUGUUGUGUGUGCAUUGUGCUGGAGUGCAGAUGGUAAUCAAGUGCUGAGCGGAUCCUGGGAUGGGACGGCAAGAGUCUGGGACGUCGAAAGCAGCAAAACUGUCCUGACGAUCAAAACCGGGCACAACCAGAUGCGAGCGGUGAUAUACUCGCCCGAUGCAACAAAAAUUGCAACCGGCGGACUGGACGAGAAUGCAGUCAAAAUCUGGAAUGCCAAGACAGGUAAUCUGUUGAACACACUCAAACACGAUAAUGGAGUUUGGGGCUUGGCAUGGACGUCAGACGGAAAGAAACUUAUCUCCGGUUCAGGCCCAAAUAGGAUAUUCGACACAGCCACUUGGGAAAAGAUCGCCGUCCUUGAGACUGAUCACCUUGUCACCUCCAUCUCCUUAUCUCGGAACAACCGCUUCCUUGCAAGUGGAUUGUCCGAUGAAACAGCGCGUUUAUGGAAUCUCGACACCAACCUCCCAAUUGGACCACCCCUCUAUCAUGAAGAUGGUGUGUGCUGUGUAGCCCUUUCCGCUGAUGGAAAGCUGCUAGUCACUGGUUGCCAAAACGGCAAUGCAUACACAUGGGACAUUCACGCCAUCCUCAAAGAAGCAGGCCUUGAAGACCUCCUCCAACCUUUAUCUAAUGUCCCAGCGCAGAAAUCGUUGAUGGACAGCAAUGCUGCACGACGUCCACCCAUUCAGGCCCGUCGAAUACAGCCAGCCUUUUUUGAUGGCGUGCAAAGUGGCGCCCAGUCCUCCACAGCACGCGGUACUCAUCGUUCUCUCGCAAACAACCCUCGCACAUCCCUUCUUGAACACUUUUCGUCCCUCUUCCACUACUCUCACCGCAACACCAAUGAUGCAACUGAACUCCGGCAACGUCCAAGGCGAUCCAUCUUCUUUCGUGGUCCUCCUAUUGUCGAGGUUCCUCUAGUAAAGGACAGAGAGGUCAUAUUUACUGCUCCGCCGCCGCCACAAAAAGCACAGCAGCAAACCCAGUCACACGCCCAAGACACGCACAUUCACUACCCGUCCGUUUGUUGGCUCAUCUUGUGCUUUUUCUCUGCUGUGCAUCUCCUCAACAUGCCGAUGCCAAUGCACAAUCAACACAGCAGCAAGGCCAAUCACAAUGUUAAGUCCAGCUCCAGGCAUCAAUGCAGACUCAGCUUGCCGCCCCUUCGAUAUCCACGACACUUCCUGCUCCUGCUCCUAGUACUGCCGCAUCAGGUGCAGCGACUCUGCAUUCAUGACCUCUUCCACUGCGAGCUCGCUUCGUGCUGUUUUUUGUUGUUGUUGUGCAUCUCCACUACGUGACACCGAUGAUCAUUAAUAUACCUACACGACUAUUUCACCUUUGUGCAUCCUCCCAA